AUGUUCUCGGUAAAAGGCGGCACGGCGUCGUCGCCGAUGACGGGCCUGCCCGGGUACAUUCUAGGCAGCGCCGGCCCCAGCGGCUUCGGCGCGUCGUCCACAGCGGAUCAGUCGGCGCGCGUCCUCGCGUCCCGCGGCGCCGAGGUCAUCAUCGCCGCCCGCGACCCCGCAAAAGCCGCCGCCGCCGCCGGCAAGAUCAAGGCGCAGCACCCAUCCGCCACCGUCAGCACCCUGCAGCUUGACCUGUCCAGCCUGGAAUCCGUCAAGGCGGCGGCCGAGCAGUACGUCGCGGGCGGCAAGCCGCUGCACGUGCUGAUGCUCAACGCGGGGGUCAUGGCGUGCCCUUACGGGCUGACUAAGGACGGCCACGAGACGCAGUUCGGGACAAACCACCUGGGCCACUUCGCGCUGGUGCACCGCCUGCAGGGCGUCCUGGAGGCCACCGCCAGGUCCAGUGGCGAGCCAGGCCGCGUGGUCGUGCUGGCCAGCUCGGCGCACUUCGGGCCCUACAUGCCUGAGGGGGUGCGGUCUGAGGAGACAAUCGACUCCAAGGAGGGGUACAGCCCAUGGGGCGCGUACGGGCAGAGCAAGCUCUGCAACGUGCUGUUUGCCAGGAACCCUUCCCACCUUUAG